AAGCAGAAACAAGGUUUACAGCAAGUGAUUACUGUUUCUUCGCACUUUCUGUAGUAAGUAAAUGGUGACAUGAAGAUGGAUUUGCGAUCAAAGUAGUUCCUUUACAUCUUGAAAAGAAAGUUUUACCCAAGGUCUUUAAUGGCUUACGCUGCACAGAGAUGGUCUCUCAUGAAUCGGGUGGGCAAAGUUACUCUCCAUUGUAAAAAAUGCAACACAGAACUGGCCACGAAGGAAACUGUGAUGCUGGCUAAGGUACCCCCCUCCGGUACCCACUUAGCCGUUCGCGAGGGGAUGGAAGAACAGGUAGAAGCAAAACUUCAUAAGGUCGAAAAUGAAAAGGGCGGGAAAAGUGCACGGUACUGCCCUUACGUUUUUCAUUGCCGAGGGUGUGGCGAACGCGUUGCAAACAUAACAAAAGUGGCAGGGAAACAGCUUAUUUGUUUUGGAAUAGAAUAUUUAGAUAUUUUUCAUUAUGGAGGAUCAUGGCGAAGUAAAAGGAUUACAGCAAAUAAACUGUCAAAAGUGAGCAAGGAGUUGGAAGAAGAGUGUGGAAUUGAAGUUGUCAACGUUACGACGCAUGCGCAAGAGACAGGAAGAAUACAUCAGUCCCGUGGGGAUAGCAAAUCCAUGGUUUAUUGUGAUACAAGUGGAUUGACUCACACAUCGCGCGAAAUCGAUUUCUUAACGCGUCUAGUCCCGCGAGAUUAUCAGCGGGAGUUGUUCCUUUCUGCGAUGCGCGGUAAUACGCUGGUAUAUCUUCCCACGGGCUCAGGAAAGACUCUGAUUGCAGCCAUGGUGAUGAGUUGCAUGAAGAAGUUGAAUCCAGGCAAAGUUAUGGUAUUCCUUGUCGACCGAGUACCGUUAGCGUACCAACAAAGUGAGAAGAUCAAGUCACAGUUGACAGGUUUGACGGUUGAAACGUUGGUCGGUGAAAUGGAGUCGCCUCAAAAUGGGAGUAUUCAUCAAAGAUUAGCUGAUAACAAGAUUGAUGUGUUAAUCUUAACACACCAGAUUUUUCUAAAUUUUUUAGCCACGGAGGACAACCCACCCAUUCGCCUGUCCGAUGUUUCUGUUCUGGUUUUGGAUGAGGCUCACCACUGCAGCGGGCACCACCCGUACAACGAGAUUAUGGAGUACUACAAAAAGACACCAAACCGGCUUAAACCUGUUGUGCUCGGUCUAUCAGCCUCGCCGGCCGGAGAGCUUACAGUCGAAAGAACCAGUGAGAAGCUAAAAGAGCUCCUUGAGAACUUGGAUUGUAAAAUCGCGAUGCCCAUUAAGUCGGAUGUAGAUGUAAAUAUCCCAGACGUGAUUUAUGAAAGAUCUGACUACAUGAACACUGACCAAGUUAUCCUCCAGCUAUAUAUUGAAGAACACAUCAAACAUCUGAUAAAGAACCAUCUCAAAGAUGUAUCAGAUCGUCAACGUUUUGAGUUUCCCGUCUUCUCAUCGAAUUUUAGAGGUGCGCUGAGAAAGCUCAUUGACAGUUACCAUGGUAACAAGAAAUCCUUCAAAGCGCUCACCGUUGCUGAGCAUGCAAUGCACUUGCUCAGCGUUGUUGAGUUUUGCGAAGUUCUUGGUUACCAGUAUGCCGUUGAAAGUCUCAAAGAAUGUGUACACCGCAUUGUUUACGCUAAGUCGCCGAAAGAUUGUGCCUUGAAGAGGCUAAUUGGAGGUCAACCUACUUUUCAGGCACUCCAAAAUUUGGCAGACCAAGCAUGCAGGGCUGACCACGUACGCGCAGUUGUCAUGUCGGACAGGUUCAAAAUUCUUGAGAAGCACAUAAAGCAGUUUCUUUGCCGAACUUGGGAAGACCCAACUUCUAGAGGUAUCAUUUUUGUGAGCUUGCGCAAAACGACCUUCAAACUUUGCGAGCAGAUCAAAGAGAUCCCGGAUGUGGCCAAAACGUUAAAUCCUUCCCCUUUCGUCGGCCAUGGACAAGGAAGCUAUGACGGGAUGAUAUGGAAAGACGAACAAGAAAGGCUGUUGAAAGAGUUUAGAAAAGGAAUAUGCAAGCUUCUGAUUUGCACGAGUGUUUUGGAGGAAGGACUGGACGUCCCCGAAUGCAACCUGGUCGUUCGCUUUGAGGGUACAGCAACACUUCGGGCGCUGGUUCAGACCCGCGGGCGCGCGUCCCGUAGACGUGACAGCAAGUUUGUCGUCAUUUGCAAUGAAAAACAAGAAAGAGAUGCCAGAGAUCUGUGUCUCAAGGAACAGAACAUGGAAGAAGCUAUCAGAUGUUUGAUGGAUGGACCGAGGUGCCAAUCACAAGCAGAUGAAUUUGGAUGCGAAGUAAGAAAACCAAAGCUCUUCCUCCCCGGCACAGAGGAUAAUGGUGUGAAUACUUCUCUAGUCAUGCGCCACAGCCCUCGUAUAUCUGUCAUGGUGCACAAUAUGGUUGGUCAAGAAUCUCGCGUGAUAGAUUUUCUGAACGACACCUUUGACGUGAUAUCUUCAAAGCCAAUCCAGUCCACUUCAUCGCUCGUUGAUGCACCUAAAAAGAAAACUACAUUACAAGAUAUGGCGUUUGAACUCGAACCAAGCUAUAUUGAAGAAGCCAAGGAGUUUCGCUCAAAGGAAGAGUUUGCAUGUCACGUGACAGAAGCGUGGUGCACGUGCCUCACCCACCGUGACGAGGAACCACUUCCGGUUUGGCUUCAGGCCCCGCCAUUAGAAAAGCGCCGCAGAUCUAACGAGCCAUUUCAUUGGUUGAAAGCAAAUUCCUUGUGCUUGGGUACUUUUGUGAGUCGAUGCCAUUUUCAGUGUGAGUGGCCUCUGGAGACCACACUAAAAAAUAUUAAGAUUCAUUUUGAUCACAGCUUUAAAAUGCUGACCUUGCAUUCCUCCAGGCAAUCUUCCAUCGUUCCUGGUCAAGGUGCUGUUGGUAGAGGUCCAUACAAAAUAGAAUUUCGCUACGACGAGAUUGAAGAUUUCAUAAUCGUGGAUUCUGAUAGUAAUGCAGGAAUCAUCAAAAUUUUUCUGACGGCGAGACACCCUCCACGGCUGUAUCGCCAACUGGAGGACGAACAAAAUUUUUUCCACCUCGCUCAAAUAGAUGAACAAGACGAUGAAGAUGAUUCAGUCGUCUCGUCAAGUGAAGAUGACUCGGAAACCGAAGGCCUCUCGACCGACGAAGAAUAUGCGGAUGUAAUAACCGCCGAUUUUCAUGACGCCUCCCCAGAUGUCUCACGUAAUCUCGCAGAUAAAGGAAGCUGGGAAAGGGCGUCAGAUUUCCACAAUGGUGAAAAUGCCGUAAGCCAGUGCUUUACCUAUUGUGUUACAAUACCAUUUAAUGAACUUGUCCAGUUGAGGCGCUUGUUGACCACAGUCGAGAAAAGAUUCCACAAAAGUGCAUUUUACUGCCGAGUGAAGGAGAGCUAUGGGAAAUUACCAGAUGUAAACAUUCCCGAUAGUUUGCCAUUUGACGUUAAGUAUGCCGCUGGAAGUGUCCUCAGUUUUCAUCCUUUGGUUCGCGGAAGAGUGCCAUCUGGUAAAUUUGGUAGACUUUUGCUUGGAAAGUCUUCCGAUAUAGCUAUUGCCGCUUUGGAAAAAUUGAGUAAAGUGUUGGAAAAAGACAAGUUUUGUGACCCAGGCAACACUCUGAAGUCGUUACUGAAACAAAACAACCCAUCGACCUCCGGGAUGUUUAACAGGUUGGUUCCAGGCCAUUGCGCUUUGAUAAAGCGCGCGGUCAUCACCCCAACAAGGCUGCUCUUCUAUCCACCGGAAGUCAUGGUGAAGAAUCGCGUGCUCAGAAAUUAUGAUACAAACGACUUCCUCUGUGUCAGUAUUCGUGACGAAGACCUGUCAAAAAUGUCUGCAGCAAGAGGGAACAUCGACGAUCUAUUAGACGGAAUGAAACUCAAACUAGAUGAAGGACUUGAGAUAGCUGGUCAGCGGUUUCAGUUCUUGGGUUCCUCGAACAGCCAGCUUCGUAACCAUAGCUGUUGGUUUGUAGGGCCCAGAUAUCUACCGGACGGCAUACGUCGCUGGAUGGGAGAUUUCACCAAAAUCAGGUGUGUUGCCUCAUACAUGGCUCGUAUGGGCCAGUGCUUUUCCACCUCCUUAGACGCUGUGGGGUUUGCGACCAGUGAGGAUACCUAUCAUGACGUAGAAGAUGACGUUGAGACACCUGACCGAAAAUACUGCUUCUCUGACGGAGUCGGAAAGAUAUCCGAAGAGUUGGCCGCAGAGGUCGUCCGAAAAAUUGGUAAACCAUUCAAACCAUCCGCAUUUCAAGUCCGUUGCGCCGGCUACAAAGGUGUCCUUACGCUAGAUCCCAGACUUCCAGGGAAACAGGCCAUUUUUCGUAAGAGCAUGUGCAAGUUUGAUAGCUUUCACCGCAGACUGGAAGUAUUGCAAACGUCUCGUCCUCAGGUCGUUUUCCUCAAUCAUCAGGUCAUCAUGCUUCUAUCCAACCUAGGAGUCCCGGAUGAAGUCUUUAUCAAAUUGCAAAACGACAUGUUGGACAAACUGUCAGGGAUGCUUGUGAAUGAACGUGAUGCUAUUCAGCUAUUGGGAAGUGGAGCCAAAAUGGGCGUGUCCUAUCACAAUAUUUCUAAUGCAGGGAUACCACUGACAACGGAGCCAUUCUUUAAAUCGCUGCUGGUCGCCAUGUACCGAAAUCAUAUGCACGAACUGCUUGCCCGAGCCCGCAUUCUUUUGCCACCAGCGGAAGCGCGCUUGAUGAUGGGUGUGAUGGAUGAGCUUGGUGUCUUGAAACCUGGUCAAGUUUUCGUACAGUAUUCCGCCGUUGAAACACGCGCUGAUCGAGAUGACGAGUUUAACAAGAACAAAAAAAUUGUGCUAAGGGGACCAGUGGUGGUUACUCGGAAUCCAUGUUUACAUCCGGGAGAUGUACGUCAGCUCGAGGCUGUUGACAUACCAGGCCUCUGUCAUCUUGUGGACUGUGUCGUUUUCCCACGUCAAGGCUCGCGGCCACACCCUAACGAGAUGGCAGGCGGUGAUUUGGACGGCGAUCUAUACUUCGUCUGUUGGAAUAAAGACCUGUUACCAAGGAAACCAAAUUAUCCGCCAAUGGACUAUCCGUCACUUCGUAAACUGGAGAAGACUGAGCCAAUCACUACUCGCGACAUGACAAAGUUUGUGGUGGAUUACAUCCGGUCUGACCAGUUAGGCGUUAUUGAUAAUGCGCACAAGGCGGUGGCGGACAUUGAAGAAGACGGCGUGCAACAUAAGGAUUGUCUUUAUCUCGCAGAACUGCACUCUUUGGCGGUUGAUGCACCCAAAACGGGAAAAUGGCCGAGUACUAAGGGUAUUAGGAGGAUAGAAAAGCGUCCUGAUUUCAUGAUGAAGAGCGAUAAACCAAGUUAUCCCUCUGAAAAGGUUAUAGGAAAGCUCUUUCGGCGCUGUCGGAAGUUUAAAGAUGCUACGUCUGAAAAAUACGAUCAAAACCUUCGUUUGGACAAGUCUCUCUUGUUGCCAGGUAACGACAGUUUCGUUGAAAACGCCAAAGAAGUCUAUAAUUGGUAUCGUGACAAGAUGGAGGGCUUGAUGCGGCUGUACGGCAUCGAAACUGAGGCAGAAAUCAUCACUGGCUGUUUCAUGAAGCUUCGGAAUCGCUUGCGCAAAGAAAAAACGGAAAUUGCCGAACUCGUCGGCGAACAACUGUUUGCAAUACGCUCGUACCUCCGUCGUGAAUUCUUUUAUGAAUUCGGGAGCGAUGGACAGUGGUUAAAAAGCGAUGUGCUGAUUUCGGAUGAGAUGCGUUUAAAAGCCUCGGCUUGGUACAGAGUGGCCUACACGUUUGCGCAUGAUCACGGUAAUGGUUCAAACCCAAGCAACGAAAAGAGGCUACUCGGUUUUCCUUGGUUUAUCAAUGACAUCAUGCUCGCCAUCAAAACGCGAAAAGAUCGACCCAGUCAGCCCCAGGCCUUAGACGUUAGCGCAACCGUAGGUCAGAGUCUUGUAAGGUUGUUUCACGAAGAGAAGGACUGGUUACUUGAGGAGUUCAGAGCUCGAAUAAGAACAAAGAACGUUAUAUGUCGUCAUCUGCAGGCCGCUGAAUCCACUUCUUCAAUGAGUAUCGUCGGCUCUACUGCUACGCUACUAUUUCACAAGACUUCAGAUCUUGAUCUGUUCUUUUUACCUCAGGAUACACAGGCACGAAGCCAUCAGGCCCUCCCUGAGGUACCACCAGAAGAAAGUAACAAUUUAGUUGAGGAAGGAGCGAAAGUAUUGAAGUCCUUGAUUCCUUUCUUGAAGGAGGAGACGUCAGAGCAACAAGAAGAAGAAGACGAAAACGUUAAAAAUCUCUUUUGGAAAGUUCGUCUCGUCAACAAAAAGUCUUUCCCUGUCCUCUCAUGCAAGCAGCCAACAGUGAACCUGAUAAAUGGCAGUAAUUGCUCUCCAACCCUUAAUUGCGAUCUGAGUUCAUCCUCAGACUGUCUAAGAAUGGCCGCUUUGCUGUCAAGCUACAUCAAGUCGUAUCCUGAUCUCUUAUUAGUGCUCCGUGCUAUACACCGAUGGUGUUGCGUGACAAGGUUGUCACGCAACGCAGCUGGCGCUGGAAACACUUCAAACUUGCUCUCUGCCCUUCUCUUAGCCCAAUGCAUACACAACAUGCAGAUUAAAAACUUUAAUGAGGAGCACGUUUUAGAAACGAUGGCACGCCAAAUGCACGGUGACGCAAGGGAUGGUAAGCAGUACAUGGAGUUGGAAAAUGUCAUAGGAUAUCUGGAAGCUUACCAGAUCGAUUCCCAAUUCCCUCAGGUAGAGCCCGACUUCACCCAAGUUGGCCAGCUUCUGGUGACCUUUUUUCAAUCACACGACUCGUGUUUUGAAAGAGAGCUCCCGCAAUCGCUCGCACGUCUUUUCCGUGUACGAAAGCUCUCGGAGCGUCUGGGGAAAGACCAUUUAGUCCUUGUGAAAGAACAAAUGCAACGCGCCUAUCAGCUCCUGGCGUUAUUUGGAGACGCACAGAUCAUGUUAACCAUAAGUGGCUCCGAAGAUUACAACGUAAUAUUUCUUUCGCCACUUCUUUCCUCGUUCAUAGCGGGCGUUGAGAAAAGUAAAGCUCAAGAAAUAGCGCGGAAGACCGGAGCGAGGAGCGUCAUCAUUCGCCCCAAUUUUCCACGGUCGUGUUCCUCAGCUGUACUUGAGGUGAAAGGAAGUGAGCCUGCGAUACGAGCAGUGGAGAGGGAGCUGGAAGAGAUGAGCACAAUAGCAUCACGCGACAGGAUCUCUCUCAUGAGUGGCUGUUUUGUAGAAGAUGCAAGUCUGCUUUUGUUUGAAGGAAGUCGAAGUCAAAAUGAUCACGUUUCUCUGUCACCAUACGAUGGGCGUUGUCAUCAGACACACGACCGAUUGACCCGGCAUGUCGCUUUGCUAGAAAAUGUCACGAACGAUGGAAUCUACGCAUACCGCCGUUUUACAGAAAAAUUCUUUCAACAACUGCGAUUACUUGAGAGAGAUUUCGAUCCUCAGGUGCAUGGCUGUCGUGAAUUCGCUGUUCACUUUGGACGAAUCUACAUGUUCAGUGUUCCGCAUAUCUUGCUCGAAGAUAGCGAGUCCAUCACUAUUGCAAUGCUGAGAACGAAUAAACGGAAACCAAGUGCCUUAAACAGAAGGAACAGCCACAGUCAGGGAGAGUCAACUCCAGAAAGAGUCACUUUCGUUGACCAAGAACAAGAACGCGCUCGGAGAAGGAAGAGGCGGGCAAAACGUAAUGUGACAUUUAGCGAAACCAAGAAGAAGCGGAAACGCGGAAAUCCUUCGAGGAGCUCCCUGUUCACGGUUGUUCACUCGCCAGACAGAGUGGAGAUUUUUCUUCACGAGACUGAAUUCCGGCAAGAUGGAAAUCCCACUGAAAACUUCUCAGUGGACAUUUUGGAUGGAGGGGUAGAAUUUUACGUCAGGUUCGACGAGAGACUCAACUUUGUUGAAGUAAAGCUUCCAAACCUACGCUGGUUUAUGGUGGACGUCAAAAGACCUUACCAACGCCGACCAGAUCAUGGCGUCGCACAAGAUGGCGAACAGGCAGAUGACAACUUCGUUUUAGACGGCUGGGAGACAGACGUUCGUUUCUUGUUGCAAUCCCGUUAUGCUUUGGCACUGAGUGACAUCCGGGAUACCAAGUACGCUAAGUACCAGUGUAUACUCGAACCCAGUACAGGUGAGCAGCCAUUUACUGUUCAGGAAGAGUUAUGGAAAAAUGUGCGACUAAUUCGCCACUACAAGUCUAAAAAGUUCACAUGCGCUUCACGUCAAGGUGGGUUCCUCUCUGGCCUGACAGCAUACCUCAACGAGGUGACAGAAUAUUCCAGACCAUUAGGGCCGGAGAAAGUCGGUGAAUUCAGAGAAAAACACACUCGUUGGGAGGUGUCAUUGGAGGCAAAGCUUCCAGAAGAUUUAGCUGCCAAGGAAACUGUUAAAACGUUCUUAGAGGAAGUAUGGAAGUUCGCAUUUGCUUUAUCCUCAUUCGUAUCGAAGGAAAAUGAGAUUAAUGUCGGCCAAUUAAGAGGCCUCCACCUAGUGAACAAUUUUUUAUGAGUAAUGUUAGAUUCACUGAAAUCUUUUUCACGUCAGAGAAUAUCAUGAUCACUUGAUCCCAGCUCCAGUUGCUUAGAUAAAUGGCCUACAACAAAUCAUUUUUUUUAAAUUUCGAUAGUCAACUGUUACAUUUCUCGAAACUCAGUCGAAACGCACUCUAAGUACCAUUCUAUAAGGAUAUAAGAGAUUAUAAACUGUGCUCAACUGUAUAAAAAUUAGUAGGCAUGAAAGUGAACUCGCUCACCAUCCCGAAAUGAAUCUUUUGUCUGGUCUGUGAAUCAGUUAUUAUUAUUAACUGAAUGUCGCGCACGUUUUCUCAAGAGUGUAAUUUUGAGCUUUUUUACGAGAGAAUUCCUUACUAGGGAGAUUCUUUUAACAUCGUGUUUUUAACGACAUUUAAAAGACAUUUCAUCAGAAUCUUUCAGUUCAGUAGCUAAGGUAAAAGUACUGAUUUAGAUAAAUGUUUCCAAACAGCCCUCUGAGUUUUGCUUAAUUUUGCCCAAUCCGGCAGAAAUAAACACGAGGCUGCUGAAAACAACCUAUGCGUAAGCUAAAGGCGGCCAUUUUCUAACGCUAUAAAGUGAAAUUCAUGCGAGUGAGGACGAAAAUAAUGUUUUAUAACAAUUUUUGGCUGCUGGGUACAGUUUUUAUUGUGUCAUGCUUGUUUGAGGCAUGUAGCCAACUCAAUA